UAUGUUAUUCAAUUCUGUUGGCUAGAAUUUUGUUGAGCAUUUUUGCAUCUAAGUUCUUGAGGGAUAUAGGUCUGUGAUUUUCUUUUUUUGUGGUGCCUUCACCUGGUUUUGGUAUCAAGGUUAUGCUGGCUUCUAAAAAUGAAUUUGGGAGUAUUCCACCCUUUUCUAUGCUCUGAAAUACCUGUAGUAGUAGUGGUAUUAACUCUUCCUGGAAAGUUUGGUAGAAUUAGCUGAGCUCUUUUUAUGCCCGUUUCACAAAUGAGGACACUGAGGGAGGUCCAGAGAGGUAAUGUGACUUGCCCAAGGUCUUGCAGCUGGAAAACGCUGGAGCUGGAUUGAAAUCCAGGGCUGUCUGAUCCCAGAGUUCAGGAUCUUUCCACUGCACUGUGCUGCCUGAGUGAACAGUAGCUGCAGGGAAUUUCCCGUCUGCCAUCUCGCCCCCCCGCCCCAUAACUACAGUACACACAAACACAGGCCAUCACACACACUCUGAGGGUAGAAAUGGGAAGGGUGGGGAGGCUAUGGCAGGUAGUAUGGGGUAUGGGAUGGCUGUUGCAACCCGAGGUCUGGGAUGGCUGAUGCAAUGAGUGGCCAAUAGCUCUGAUGUGAAGGGGAUUACCUCGCUCUUGCACCCACCCCACCCCUGACAAGACGUUUUUAUCUUGGAGGUUGAUCAAGAGGCUGAAAUGUUUUCUGAGAAUCAAAACAAUUUCUGAGAAACCCCAUAGUGCAAGUAACCAAAGGGAGAGGUGAACAGGAAAGGAAAGCAAAGCCUUUUCUAGAAGUGAAACUGAAAGAAAUGUGGGGAGAAUAUUAAAGACCUCUCACAGCACCAGCCUGUCUCAGCUACUCGCCUGCCCCGUACACUGUGACCAGUGGCCACCUCUGCAGUGUCCCACAACCUGGUCUUGUCUUGACCCCAGCUGCGAACCCAGGCCCUGGGAAAUGGCGGACACAGCCAACGGCGAGCCCCCAGCAUCCACAAUGGAGCUGUUCAACAGAAUAGCUGCUCAAGGGGAGUUCGUGAGAGCCCUCAAAGCCAAGAAGGCAUCGAAGGAUGAAGUUGAUGCCGCUGUAGAGUUGUUGUUGUCAUUAAAAGCGAGCUACAAAACGGCAGUGGGCGAGGAUUACAAGGCUGACUGCCCUCCAGGAAACCCGGCCCCCGGGGGGGAUUGUGGCCCAGAUGCCACGGAGCCUGAGGAGGAUUUUGUGGACCCGUGGACGGUGCAGACAAGCAGUGCAAAGGGCAUUGACUAUGACAAGCUCAUCGUCCGGUUUGGAAGCAGCAAAAUCAACAAAGAGCUGAUAGACCGGAUAGAGCGAGCCACCGGCCAGAGGCCACACCGCUUCCUGCGCAGGGGCAUCUUCUUCUCACACAGAGAUAUGAAUCAAGUUCUUGAUGCAUAUGAAAAUAAGAAGCCGUUUUAUCUGUACACGGGCAGGGGCCCCUCUUCUGAAGCCAUGCAUGUUGGUCAUCUAAUCCCGUUUAUUUUCACAAAGUGGCUGCAGGAUGUGUUCAACGUGCCCUUGGUCAUCCAGAUGACAGACGAUGAGAAGUACCUGUGGAAGGACCUGACCCUGGACCAGGCCUAUGGCUACGCUGUGGAGAAUGCCAAGGACAUCAUCGCCUGCGGCUUCGACAUCAAGAAGACCUUUAUAUUCUCAGACCUCGACUACAUGGGGAUGAGCUCAGGCUUCUACAGAAAUGUGGUUAAGAUUCAGAAGCACGUGACCUUCAACCAGGCGAAAGGCAUCUUCGGCUUCACUGACAGCGACUGCAUUGGGAAGAUCAGCUUCCCUGCCAUCCAGGCCGCCCCCUCCUUCAGCAACUCCUUCCCGCAAAUCUUCAAGGACAGGGCGGACAUCCAGUGCCUGAUCCCCUGUGCCAUUGACCAGGAUCCUUACUUCAGAAUGACGAGGGACGUCGCCCCCAGGAUCGGCUACCCGAAACCUGCCCUUCUGCACUCCACCUUCUUCCCUGCUCUUCAGGGGGCCCAGACCAAAAUGAGCGCCAGCGACCCCAACUCCUCCAUCUUCCUCACAGACUCAGCCAAGGAAAUCAAGACCAAGGUCAACAAGUAUGCCUUUUCCGGAGGGAGAGACACCAUUGAGGAGCACAGGCAGCUUGGGGGCAACUGUGACGUGGAUGUGUCUUUCAUGUACCUGACCUUUUUCCUCGAGGAUGACGACAGGCUCGAGCAGAUCAAGCAGGACUACACCAGUGGCGCCAUGCUCACGGGCGAGCUCAAGAAGGUCCUCAUAGAAGUGCUGCAGCCCUUGAUCGCCGAGCACCAGGCGCGGCGCCAGGAGAUCACGGACGAGAUUGUGAAAGAGUUCAUGACUCCCCGGAAGCUGACCUUCGACUUCCAGUAAUGCCCAUUUUCUGUCGUCUCGAAAGAACCGCAUUUACCGAUAAGUCCCGGCCCAACCCACUGCCGUUACCCGUAGGCUCUUAUCAAAUGGCAGCUGUUGGGCCUGCUGCCUGUUAGCCUCUGUGCGUCAUAGAUGCUGCUGCUACUGCUUCUGUGAGUUUCAUUGUGUCUGUCCGAAGUGAGUAAAAUACCGUGGGGUACUGAGGGGCUUAGUGGAGAAGUCCGGCUCUGAGUCUCUCCCACAGAGAACCCGCCACCGUCUCUUAAAGCAGGCAUUUCCGUGACAGCCGGCUGGGCCAAGCACGUUCUGGUCCAAGGAAGGACUGUCCACUUACGUUCCAAGUAGAGUUGCACCCUCCUCUGUAGUAGAAUAGGUGUUCUGUGUAUGCACCCCUAGGAUCAAAAUGGCAUUGCUGUAAUGCUGAGAAGUGCUAUGGAAAAUUGACUGGGGACCUUUAAUGGGCACAGAUGUAUUUCACCCCAUGCCAAAAAAAAAAAAAAGAA